CACUAACACACAAACUAUAAACUUUGUUUACUUCUCUGUUUUACUCUCCAGUCACAAUUCCAAUCAGCCCUAGGCAUGUGUACCUCUGUCACUGGCUGUUUUGCAGCAGAUACACCGAGCUGUAGAGGUAAAAUUACAAAAUUUUCUUUUCAAAGCAACAGCCCCUGAUCUAUUACAAUAAACAAACUUCCAUCUCCAAGCAACUGAUCUCUUAGCAACAAGAAGCACCUGCAUAAAAGAUGCUACAGAGAGUGAUCACCAGAAAACCUAUCCAGACCUUUCAGAGGAGCACAUCAGGAGCCAGGAUAGCACUCUCCACCGGCAAAAAUCCAGAAGUAACAAGAAGACACAGCAAAGCAGAACCUCUUUGGAAGGAUGGUGCUGGAAACCCUGAACCCGAUGCACUACAACAUCACCAGCCUGGUACCGGACACGAUGCCCGUGGCCACAGUGCCCAUACUCAUCCUCAUGUGCUUUCUCUUUCUAAUAUGGAAUCAUGAAGAGACUUCAUCAAUACCAGGGCCAGGAUACUGUAUGGGAAUCGGGCCCCUCAUUUCACAUGGGAGAUUCCUCUGGAUGGGAGUAGGGAAUGCCUGCAACUACUACAACAAGACCUAUGGAGAAUUUGUGAGAGUUUGGAUCAGCGGUGAAGAAACAUUUAUAAUUAGCAAAUCCUCAAGCGUGUUCCAUGUGAUGAAGCACUGGCACUACGUGUCUCGAUUUGGGAGCAAGCUUGGACUCCAGUGCAUUGGCAUGUACGAGAAUGGGAUCAUAUUUAACAACAACCCAGCACACUGGAAAGAAAUUCGGCCCUUUUUCACCAAAGCUCUGUCUGGCCCCGGGCUGGUGCGGAUGAUCGCGAUUUGUGUGGAGUCAACCAUCGAGCACCUGGACAAGCUGCAGGAGGUCACGACGGAGCUGGGGAACAUCAACGUGCUGAACCUCAUGAGGCGGAUCAUGCUCGACACGUCCAACAAGCUGUUCCUCGGGGUCCCUCUGGAUGAAAAUGCCAUUGUGCUUAAGAUUCAAAACUACUUUGAUGCCUGGCAAGCACUUUUAUUAAAGCCUGACAUAUUUUUUAAGAUUUCUUGGCUGUGCAAGAAAUACGAAGAUGCAGUCAAGGAUCUUAAAGGAGCAAUGGAAAUCUUAAUAGAACAGAAACGACAAAAGCUUUCCACUGUGGAAAAGUUGGAUGAACACAUGGAUUUUGCAUCCCAGCUGAUUUUUGCACAGAACAGAGGGGAUCUGACUGCUGAGAAUGUGAACCAGUGUGUGCUGGAGAUGAUGAUUGCUGCUCCUGACACUCUGUCCGUGACUCUCUUCUUUAUGCUAAUCCUGAUUGCAGAGCACCCCACAGUGGAAGAGGAGAUGAUGAGAGAAAUUGAAACUGUUGUGGGCGACAGGGACAUACAGAGUGAUGACAUGCCAAACUUAAAAAUUGUGGAGAAUUUUAUCUACGAGAGCAUGAGAUACCAGCCAGUUGUGGAUCUGAUCAUGCGGAAAGCGUUACAGGACGAUGUCAUUGACGGCUACCCUGUGAAAAAGGGCACAAACAUUAUCCUCAAUAUCGGACGGAUGCACAAACUCGAAUUCUUCCCAAAGCCAAAUGAGUUUUCUCUUGAAAAUUUUGAGAAAAAUGUUCCUUCACGCUAUUUCCAGCCGUUUGGAUUCGGCCCCCGGAGCUGUGUGGGGAAGUUUAUUGCCAUGGUAAUGAUGAAGGCAAUCCUAGUGACUCUUCUGAGGCGGUGCAGAGUACAGACAAUGAAAGGAAGAGGCCUGAGCAACAUCCAGAAAAACAAUGACUUAUCCAUGCACCCCAUAGAAAGGCAGCCUCUGCUGGAGAUGGUUUUCACACCCAGAAGAAACGCAAAUGAGAAUCAGGGUGAUGGAAUGGAUCAGCACUAAACUUACAGGGUUUUCACAACCACUAAGAAAUAGUCAUCAUUCCUAGUUAAAUAUGGAAAGUAAAACGUUUUGUUGCCCCUAAAUGACUUCAGGUGACAACUUGUUCUGCCUGUACACAGAGCCACAGGCAGUAAUUAGAAAGACUAAAAGUACAGAAUAGUUUUGUUGUAGAUGAUUCCAUGCUAUACAAUUCCUGAUUAUUUUAAAACCACAGAGUUCAGAUAAAACAAUGCCUUCCCUUCCAAACACUGCCAGUUCUGAGGUUUGAGGGUCAAUAAAUGAAUAUACCUGAUGUGGUUUAAUCCCAGGACUACACAAGUCCCUUUUCCCCCACCUCCCUGAAGCUGGACCUAGCAGUAUUUGACUACAGCAAAAGCUCUAAUUAUCUGUUUUCAAAACAUCUGAUUGAAUAAUAUUAAUUUAUUUCAAGAAACAAUUUAAAAUAUUUAAGACAUUUAGAAGUUGUAAAGAAAUGUUAGAACAAGAAAUCAUUCAAACAUUUUUCUUUACCAUAUUUUGCUGACCUAUUAAACAAAUAGCAAAGAUUUCCAGUGUCAUAUAGAUUUUACCAACAGCAGUAAUUUUCAGAGUACUAGGUAAUAAUGGCAGUUGAGACAACUGUUCUGUGUUUUUAAAACCCAGUCUCCUGCUGCAGGGGAUCUGUAGGCAUCUUAACAAAGACUAGGUGAGAAUAAGGUAAUGAACACCAGACAUCACCAGUGUUACAUGGGCAGGGUAACUUCCAGCCCCACCUCCUCACCUGACUGACUGUAGAAAUUUCCCACCUCACCUCACCUUGAGUGAAGAAGGUCAAAUUCCCUUUAAGCUGCCUAAGAUGUGCCAAAUCCUUUUUUGACUUGAUUUUAGUUGCUCAAUUCUACUUCAGAGAGUAAGAUAUGGAGUUGUUGCCCAUGUUCUCACACCAUAGCAGGAGAGUGUCUCUCCCUAAUGACCCAAAAAACUCCUGGUUUCAUGCUUGAAAAGGUUUAUUGAAUAAUUUAUUGCAGCUAGGUUACUUUUAAAACAUUCUCCAUAAUAUUUGCAUUAUGCCAAAAAUUACAAAGUGAAGUGCAAUCCUGUACCACCUGUACAUACAGAUAAAACUGGGCAGUUGAAGACAUCCAGAAAUAGGAUUUAAUGGUAAGACUUGAUGAUCUUUUUCAAAUUGAAAGAUUCUAUGUUUCUAGGACUUCUACUUUUUAGGUCAUGAAGUGACACAGUGGCAUGAAUCUGUGGAUUAUCUAAUUUAACCUCUGUUUCUAUAUUCUUUGUACCCUUUAAACAAGGAAAUUGAUAAAGCAGUCAGAAGAAAUAACAACAAACGCAACCAUGUUUAAAACCUUUUUACUCAUUUUGUAUCAUAAAACAUUUCAGGGCAAUUCAGUGGGCAAGAAUUUCUUACUUGCAUAAGAACUCUGAAAAGAAAUCCACUGAAGCCUUUUUUUCUUGGUGAUAAACGACUAUUUUAUAUACAGGAUACAUACCUUUACUUAUUUCACACACAAAACCAAUUUUGUAGUGGUAAUUUACUCUCUGAUUUUCCCACCUCAUAAUUAUAGGCCUCCUCCAAGUAAAAUUUUUCACAAGCUUGAAAUUAUUAAAUUAUCACUCAAAUUUUGAAGUAAUUUUAUGAAAUCAAAUAGAUGAAAAAUGCAUGCUUGCUCUGAUUUCUUGAAUGUAUUCUAUAUUGUUGAAUUUGUAGGUUGGAACUUCAGUAACAUGAGUACCGUAAUUAUUCUAUGGACAAAAUAAAGCAGUAUCAUUUUUACUUUUUGUCAGCAAGGCAACAGAGUUAUUUCCCAUUGUGUUUGAAGUAAAUUCCUUCUGAUAUGUUUUGAACUUCAUGUUUCUGGUCCUCUGGUUUCUACAGUAUUUAGUUUUGUCCACAUUUGGACAACAGAACUAUAAUUAAUCUGAGCUGUCAGCUCAUCUGAGUCCUGUUCUCUCUGAUUUUAUUAUGGCUGUUCCUCAGUGGUCUGUUUGCAUGAAUAUUUGCACUGCAGGUCCAUUUCCCCACCCCAAAAUCUCACACGUGCUCGAGAGCUGCAGCUGGGGAAGCAGCGUUUCAGAACUUUGCCAUGUGGGCAUGAAGAGUUUCAACCCUUCCACUGUACAGAACAGAGCUCUGAUUCUAAACAGUGUUUUACUACCAGGUACUGUACAAAUUCAAGUGGCUUUUUAAACCACAUCAAGUCCAGAAUGAUCAGGGGAAUGUUCCAUUGUUGUUCAAUGCAUCGACACACAACAAACUUGACUGUGUUUUAUACAUCACUGUGAUUAUGGGCUGCUCACAGCACACAGAUGUGGAUGUUGUUAGAAAAUAAAAUAAACAUCAAAUAAAAGUUGUAUGCAAAAGA